AUGGAUGGUGUUCCUAGAGAAGUUCGUAAUCUAAGGGCUUGUUUGGUUUGCUCUCUCGUGAAGGCAAGUACCAUAGAUCAAUUUGAGUUGGAUGGAUGUGAAAACUGUGAUAAGUACCUGCAUCUCAAAGGGGAUAGACAGAGUGUUUACGAAUGCACAAGUCCAAACUUUAGUGGAAUGAUUUCACUGACUGAUCCAAAAAAUAGCUGGGUAGCAAGGUGGCAAGGAAUAGAUUCUUUCACGAGAGGAUGUUACGCAAUAUCUGUCACAGGACGAUUGCCUCAACAUGUUUUGGAAGAAUUACAAGACGCGAAUAUUACGUAUCGAUCGCGAGAUAUAAGUAUAAAUAGCUAUUCAUAA